UUCGUCUUCGGGAGCGGGCGCGAAAUCGCUCUCUUCGCCGUCGCGCGCGCCGCUCGCGCGUAUCAUCUUAGCAUCGAACCUGCCCGCGACGCGCAGCAUCCGCUCGCGGACAGUGUCUGUUCGGACGUCGUUCGGAGCAGAGCACCAAGCGCACCGCCGACUCAGCACGCGAGCGCGCGCUCUCGACGCGAGUAAAAGUUUUUCAAGUGCGCUGCGCAUUGUUCCAAACUUUGCAAAUCAAACUUUUAUUAUCACAUCAGUUAAUUACAAGUUGCUCUUCGACCAACAACACAUCCAGCAGAUCAUCACUGACAACUUUAUCAGACAACUGUAUUCUACACGCACGUGUUUUUCAAGCGCACGUGGCUUUUCAACUUGUCUACACAACCCUAAGACGCCUCGAGUGCGAAAUGUGCCACUUGUAUCCUCGGUGCCAGGAGAGGAUUCGGUGAUCCUGCCAGCCGGCCACCCGCAGACUGAACUAAUUUCAGUGCAAUUGUUGUAAACCGCGCCGGAAGCAGAAAAACAGUGUGAAAAUUGAUUUUUUGAAUAAUUUUAUCAACGAAUACUGUGUUUUGUCGCAUCAUUUUGGGAAAAAAGUUAAGAAUCACAAGUGAGGAUUUUGUCGAAGAUUUUCAUCGACGAAGCCUUCAACGCAGGUUGUCUCAUGUAGCAAACAGGGAUUGCACGGCAAAGGCUAGGCCUCGGUGUAUGGUGGUCAUCCUCCCAACGAAAAACCCGCCAUCUUGGAUCAUCUGAAGACAAAACUGAAGCCGAAAAUGUAUUUUAAUAGUCAAAACUUACUCAUGCAUGUGUUGUAAAUCAAGUCAAGUCAAUGCUUGUUGUGUAAACAAUGAUGUCCACUUUGCCCUGCAACCGGUAGAGAUCCCAGAAUCCUUAAUGAACAUUGUGGACCAAUCGCUACCGUCGUGGCUCCGCUACCUGCCCCCGAAACCGCCCUCGUCGUCAUCGCACACGCCGUACCCCGCCGCUUCCAGCCAUCGCAGCGCCGCCGCCGCCGCCAUGAGAGAGAAGGACUCGUCGCCGCGCAAGAUGCUGGUAGCGACGAGCGGUCACAGCAGCCCCAAGCAAGCGGCGGUUUAUCCCCUCUCAGUACGCGUGCCGCCUCCGGAUGACGACGCGCCCUUUGAUCUGUCAUCGCGUAAGAGCGCAGCGUCGCCCGUCCCACGCGGGCCACACAUGUCGCCUGCCAGCCGACCCGCCGCCCAGGAAGAGGCGGAAUAUGAACAGCCACUGGACCUGCGCGUUGAUCACAAGAAAUCCAUACUGCGCGCUGCCGCCGCCGCGCGUGGCCUUGGUAAAGACGAGAAUUCGAACGUGAUUGCAUCGGAGACGGAUAAAAUGGGCGGGACACUGCCGCCCCUGCCGCCUACAGCUCUUGGGCAAGGAUCACUUGGUGUUGGUAACUUCCCAGUGCUUUUCCCACCGCAACCCAUGCAUCCGAUGAUGCUGGAGGCGAUGUAUCGCGCGCAGAGUAAAGUACCCAUACAGUAUCCGCGUUAUCCGCCAUUCCUGCCCACAUCAAUGCUGUCCCCGACGUCUCCGUCGUUUGACCUGCUCCGGGCGCCUACCCUGACACCUGUGAGUAAAUUUGAUCCACCUACACCCACAGCCACUACGAAUCUACCACCCGGAGGCGGUGGGGGUACCGGGGGUAGUGUUGGUGGUAAGGUAAAGGAUCGCUACGCCUGUAAAUACUGCGGUAAGGUAUUCCCACGUUCCGCGAAUCUCACGCGCCACCUCCGGACGCACACUGGUGAACAACCGUACAAAUGCCGCUACUGCGAGCGCUCAUUUUCGAUCUCCUCCAACCUGCAGCGGCAUGUACGCAACAUCCACAACAAAGAAAAACCAUUCAAAUGCCCAUUAUGCGAGCGUUGUUUUGGUCAACAGACUAAUCUAGACAGGCAUUUGAAGAAACACGAAGCCGACGGUCCUACUAUCCUCGAUGAACGCGCGCUCCAGCGGCGCUCGUUCCAAGGACGCGCGCUCAACGAAGAGUCCUACUUCGAGGAGAUCCGUAACUUCAUGGGUAAGGUAACAGAAGGGAGACUGGCGCUGGGCGCGCCGAGUUUCGAGCGGUUGGAAAAACUCGAACGUUUUGAAAAACUCGGAUUGUUACCGAUUAAUCAACUCGCUGGACUUGGAGCCGCCGCGCAGAAUAACAACAACGAUGUGUCCACCAUGAACAACAACCAAAUCAAGGCGGAAAAAGUGGAUGAUAUACCGGAGAAGAUGGAUGCGGAUGCGAAGGAUGUGGAGGUGAAACUCGAGCGGGAUUAUUGCAGUUCGAGAUCAUCGACGCGCUCAUCAAGCGCGGCGUCCAGUCGAUGUGACAGCGUGGAUAAAGAAGAUAAACUUGACCGGAUGGAUGCGAAAGACGACGAGAAUCAGGAUAAUAACAAUGUGCCGAUCACGAUGACGAUGACGACGCGGCGGAGGAAGGCGUCGUGAUCGUGUGUAGGUCUAGCGAGGUAACAAAAAUUCUUUAAAAAAAAUGAUUUUUUACAACAUCAGGGGUGAUUUUUGUUCGGUUUCCUUCACUAUUCGUUAAUUAUUUGUGUCUACACGCGAGGAAAACACUGCGGAUUCUUCCCAGACGACGCACUAAUUAAUUACACUUCUUUCUUGCUUGUUUCAUGUGUUUCUGUUGCAUCUUCGGCAUUUUUUCCCGACCGCUUACGUAUGAAAACGUAACGUUUUCCACUUUUAACGAGUCGCUUUAAUUGCCGGCGUGAUUUCUGCGAUUUCUUCGAUUCCCCGGACAGUUACGGCUAAUUAAUUGCCGUAUAACUCGCCGCUGACAUUUAAAGCGCUAAACGGCGAGUAAAAACAACAAUUAAUUGAUUAUCGCAUUCGAUCGCCGGCAGUGUGCGCUUUUCAGCCGCGUUUUCGCCGCCUAAAAUUUAUCCGCGCGCGCUGUGCUCGCCGCGUCUCUUGGGUGGAAGAUGUUGAGAUUGAGAAACUUAUGAUUUAUGUGCGCGCCGCGCGCGCGGUUAAUUCGCUCGGGCCGCUCGUUAGCGAUAUAAACAUGUCACAUUUGACGCCAACGCGCCGCCGCUCUUUAACGAGGCAUUAAAUGGUCGCGCGCGCGCGCCGCGAUCGAAAAUUGAUUCGAAAAGAUUCAUGAGUGUCGCCAGCGCCGAGGACAAAUUGAUCUCUAAUAUAUUAUUACCAUUCGAAUGCGCGAGUUGUGAGUUGUGUGUUGUUACGCUGUGCGUUAACAUUGAAUCACUUCGCUCUCGUUUUCGACCGGCUCGGGCGGACUUAAUUGAUGCCCGCCGUAUUGUUCUCGGCGCGCGCGCUGAUGCAAAUUGCAAUGCGCAAGAAGCCCGCCGAAGACGCGCGCCGCGCACAACAAUGUCGAAAAUUGAAUGCAAGGUCGCGGCGCGGGCGCUCCAAUUCUCAGCGGCUCAUUCAUCGCGCGGUGUUUCGCGGUGCUCGUUAAUAACGGCAUAAUAGCGCUAAUAACCGCACGCCGCAAGACAAUACACGUGGAUUACCU